CCCGCGGGGCCGGGCGCCGCCGCCGCCACCACCACCACCACCCCCCUCCUGCUCCUUCUCCUCACGCCGUCUCGGCCCUCACCGCCCCCACCCCGCGGCGGCAGGCAUCACCUACAACGUACCGCAGGCUCCUCCGGCAGGACCGAUGCUGAGCGGUACCAGCGCCGCUGCUGCCCGUCGCCCGCCUGGAUCUGCCAGCGCGCGGUUAAGUUUCGGCAACUCGUUGGGGUGUCGCGCGCGGCCCGCCGCGGCGAGGAAGCAGCAGGACGCCCAGAACUGGCUCCCGCUCCCUCUUAGUUUUUCACCGUGACGGCAAUCACGGUGUUGGGUGAUGAAGACAUCUGCCCCUGUUCUGGGAACUAUGGAAAUAGGAUGGAAAAGAGACCAGUCUGAAAAACUGUUUCUCUGUCGACUUUGCUGUUGUCUGCUAGAAUGUUCCUUAUGAAUGCUUCUCCUUUGGUAGCUCUACAAACAAAAUGGGAGUCCUUUGGACCGUCAAGGAGUUGUAGAUACCCGGUUUGCUACUCUGAAUCCGAAGGGGACGUCACUAGAACUUCUGUCAGUGCAAAAGUUCAGAUGAUCAUAAACAACCUGCAAAGUCAAGAAUCUCCUCUGGGAAUGAACAAUGAGUAUGACUGUAUUACGCAGAAGAAACAAAAGGGAGAAAAGGGCACUAGUAGCAGAGUUGCAUCGAGCACAGCGCUGCUGCGGAAGCACCCUAACUAUAACAGGCAAAAUUGCCCCGCUGAUUCUGACGGCACUGAAGUAGAAGAGAAUGUGGAGUUUGGGCCUCUCCUGCUGGAUUCUGACAGUGACGAUUCUGUUGACCGAGAUAUAGAGGAAGCCAUUCAGGAGUACUUGAAAACAAAAAGCCAGAGUGACCAGUCACUGCAAAGGAACGCAGGGUGUUCUGAAAAUACAGGCAGAGACAAAAGGUUUAAAAGACAGUUCUCUGAGAACAAAAUGGCUAAUAAUCUUCUCCCCGUGAAAUUUAAAGCUGAGAUGCUCUCUGAAAACUAUCUUUCUGAUCACUUGGGAAUUGGUAAAAGGCUACAGCCUGCUUCUCCUCAGAGCAUCAGUAGUGAUGACUCUUUUGAACAGAGCAUCCAAGCUGAAAUAGUGCAGUUCUUGAAUGAGAAGAAGCAGCAAGAAAUUAGUAAGUGUAUAACUGAGGAGGAUAAAAAAGAUCCACAUACAAGAUCUGUCCUAAAAUUUAACAAAGAAACUACUAAUAAAACAAAUUGUGGUGCUAUAAAGCAAGGGUGUGAAGCAUUUCUCUUAAGACACCAUCCCAAGCUAAGGAAAACCAGCACACAGUCCAAGUGUUUGAAGUCUAAAGUCCGAGAAGAGCCUAGUGAUUUCAGCCAAAUGAGCCAGGCAUAUCUAGAAGUGGCCACUGCUAGCCAGCCCUGGUUAGUGGAGCAAAAUGAAGAAAGUGGAGCUAAUUUCUGGGAAACAAGGAAAGAACUUAUCAAUGAGAGCACGCACGCAUCUGACUCAAGUAGUGAUGAUGGUAUUGAAGAAGCCAUUCAGCUUUAUCAGCUGGAGAAGGUCAGGCAAGAGGCAGGUCCUUCAACAGACUAUGCCCCUUUGCAAAGAGAACAGUUUGAUACAAAAGGUAUGGCAGACAUUUCUGCAAGCUUGACCAUUAGCUCAACAAGAAGUGCCUCACCAGAAGUCCAUAAAAGCCCUGCAAGCAGCAAGAGAAAAGAAAUUAGUACAAAAUCAACAGAAUUAGAAAGCACAAGCAAUGAAUUUAACAAGCUGUUUAAGCCACUGAAAAAAGCUGGAAAUUUUGCACCUCCAGAAAACAAGAUUUCUGCUUGUGAGCUGACAUUGCAGGCCUCUUGCAGAGCAGACACAUCUGCAGAACUCAUGUGUGCAGAAGCUAUCCUUGAUAUUUCCAAAACAAUCAUGCCAUCCCAAAUGGGAAGUAACAACAGAUCACUUACUGCAGACUCUUUCUUUUCUCCCCAGCUUCUCUCAUCAUCUCAUUGUGAAAGUGACAGCAGCCUUGUGGACAGCGAUGAUAGUAUAGAGCAAGAAAUCAGGGCUUUUCUGGCUCUCAAAGCACAGUCAGAAAGCCCUGUAACAAAGCCUCACAAUCUGUCACAUGCAAUCCAGAUGCCUUUGCCUUCUGAUCAAAACAGCCUCACUGGUACCCUUGAGCCUUCUCUUCCCAAAACGCUGAAGCUAUCACUGAGCCGUAAAAGGAGACUCAAAGGGGAAGGUAGAACGGCGAAACAAAGUGCAUCAAAAACACCUGAACAGUUUGAGACAGAACUUUUUCAGUCAGAUUACUGUUCAAAAUAUCCUGUACUCCAAGAGGAGUGUGCUCUGAGCAGCCCUAAAGAACUCGGUGGUCUUCAAAGGCUCAGUAGCAAAGAGGCUAGGCAGCAGCAGCCAAUGUCUUCUGAAUUGUCCGGAUCUGUUGUCAAAUGCGUGGCCUUGGACUCUGUAAACCCUUUUAUGCAGGUUCAGGGUAGCACAGGAAAGCUUAUUAAAAACACAAUCCCAACCCAGGAGAGGGAUGGUUCAGAUGAUGAGAGCAGUUCUCUGGAUAGUGAUGAGGAUCUUGAUAGUGCUAUCAAGGAUCUUUUACGAUCUAAAAGAAAGCUAAAGAAGAAGUCUAGAGACCAGAAAAAUCAGUGCAAGAAGAGAGUCAGAUUCAGUGAGACAGAAACCCAGCUACUAGAUGAAUUUAGUAACCUCCAGCAAAAUGAGUGGAAAUGUAAAAGUCCUGUGCUACUGAAAAGCUGCCUCUCAAAGUCUAGAAAAGCUGUGAAAGAGAAUGCAGUCAGAAAUCCUUCAGACAACUUAAAUGUCAGUGUUGCAAAUGAAAGACCAGAAACCAUGAAGAACUUAGAGUUUAAUUUACAGUUUAAAAAAGGAUGUAAACGUAAACCAAUUUCAAACCAGAAUAACCUACAGACGGCUAAAAAUAAAAGGUGUACUUUCACAGCUGCAUCAGCCACUGAUGAUAGCAGUUCUGUGGACAGUGAUGACAGCAUUGAACAAGAAAUUCAGAAAUUUUUGGCAGAAAAGGCCAAAGACUCUUCAAGCAAUUUGGAGAUGCAAAAAGAUGAUGGAACUCUUGACUUACUGAGAGUGACCAAACAAAGUACUAAUAAAGGAAAAGCAAAGCAUCAGCCAGUUGAAAAUGAGAUUGACCUCUUACUGGCUCAGAGUAAAAAGACUAAGGUAUCUCAGCAAGCUGAUGAGUUCAAGAACUUUCAGAGAACAGAAGGGAAAAGUGCAAUGUUACGUGGCAGUGAGAAAAAUGCUUCCUGUGCAGAGAAUGUAUAUCUUCAAACUACUGGUCAGUCAAAAGCUAAACAAGGUAUGGUAGGGGUUAAAGGUAUUGCUGCUGGUGAGUUACCUGCAAAAGAGAAUGCAAGAGGUAAAAAGGAUAUCUGUAGUAUAGAGCCUGUGCAGAAAAUACUUCCCCCUAAAACCAGCAAAAAUGAUGGUUGUAAAGUACAAAAACUUUUUAAAGCAAAGCCUAGAUCUAAAAGAAAGAAUACUUUUCACCUAAAAAUUUCAAGUAAAUUUAUAGCAGGUCUGAAAUACGCUCGGGACAGGAAGAAAUCCAUGCUUUUGAACAAAAGGCAGAAAGCGGAAGGGUCGCUUACCCAGGACAGUGCAUUAGGAGCCGAGGUAAAUUCCCAGGAUACAGAUGCACUUAAACAGGGAAAAGAAGCCCUCUCGCCAAAAGGCGAAUUUAGUGGAGAGAAUAAAACAGCAAUAAAAGAAUCCAUUUUUUCUGAAAAGCUCACUGUGGAAGUGUCAAGACCUCAUGUAGCAGAAACCUGUGAAAGACUGGAGGCUGCUGCUUUGUGUAUCAAAGAGCAAGCAGAGGUUCACAAAACGGACAAUGCAUUGGGAGACCGAGCAGAUUCAAGUUCGGGUCUCCCCUUGCAGGAACAGAGUGUGGCAGCAGUAAAAGUAGGUAAGAUUAGCAGAGAAAUAUUUGAAUCUGAGAGCAUUCAGAAGUGCAUUGAGGAAGGAGAUGCCCACAAAGACAGACAGGCAGAUUCAAAUUUAGGUCCUAAACUUCCAGAACCUGGUAGGGCAGCAGUAAAAGUUAGUGGAGAAGCAUCUCAACAGAGCAUACACAUGUGCCGCGAGGGAGAGUGUAACCAACAGUACAACAGGCCAGAUCCAAGUUUAGGUUGCCCACGGCAGGGACUAAAUGUGACAGCACUAAUGCUGGAUAAAACAAGGGGAGGAACAUGUACGGAUAGAAGUAUACACAUGUGCAUUGAGAAAGAAGAUAUAGCUACCCACCAGGACAGUGACAGGCAGGAAGAAAUUCAGGUAUCCAGCUCCAGUUCGGAAGGGAAAAUACCUGUCCUCCAAGACAGGGAAACAGAUUGUGAAGUGGACCAAGGGCAGGAAGUUUUAGACAAAAAUUGUGCAAAAUUUACUGACGUAUCUGCAGAUUCUCUCUUGAAAAGAAAGGUAUCAAAUAUGUAAGUACACUUUUUUUUUUUUUUUUUACAGUAACAGUCCUUUUAGAAAAUAACUAUCACUGUAAUUAUCUUGAUAGGAGAAAAGGAGAGAAAGUGGGAGAUACUGAUAAAUAUAUACACACUAAUGUGAAAAAUGCUUCUAUUUAACAGCAUACAUAGUUUUUGUAGAAUUUUGUAAAUUAUUUAAAGUGCUCUCUAAGGAAAUAUUUUUUAUAAUGAUUUUUAGGUCUUGCAUUACUACAGGAUGCUGUAGUUACUGUAGAUAAGAUACCAUGGCUAAUCGUGCUUUAAAUUAUGAGGCCUCUAAUCAUAUAUUAGAAGUAAGCCUGUUUUUGUGCCUAAUAUAUCUGGCAAUCUAUUAAGAGAGCCUAGAAAAACGCAGCAUUUGAUAGCAACGCCAUGCUUUUGAGGCAAAGUAUCUGACAGUUGUUGGCAUUGGAGCUGCCUUAGGACAAUUCUAUGUAGUCGUUUCAUUCUUGGGUCGCAGUUCUCCGACUCUGAGAAAUGUUGAAUGAGUUCACCAAGCAGAACUCCCAUGAAGGUGUGGAGAUCCAUCCUUGUAGAUCCAAAUGCAAAUUCAAGUACGUAAAGCUGUCAUAGGCUCACGUCCUGUGUAAAGCGAUCUCAGCGGCUGCUGAAAAUGCCUUUUGAGUACUGAAAACCUGUUGGCAGAUGAUUCAAAGCACAAUUGCAGUUCAAGUCAAGAGAAGGAGCAUGUAGAAGGAGCAUGUCCAUUCAGACAAUGUUAUUUCUGUGGAUUUCACUGGAUUUACAUGCUUUUGGGCCUGCAAGGCUGAAACAAUUUCUUGGUUAUUAUCAAAUCUAAUAUUGAUGGCCUGCAGCUGCCCAAUGAUGGCAUUUGUUUUUCUGAAUGAACUUCCUUACAUUGAUUGCCCUCUCUUUCCUUUUUCAAAAGUGGUUUCUAAAAUUUUACAUUUCUGUGAACUUUUAUCUUUAUUUACUGUUUUUGUGCAAUAGAGCAAAGUUAGGUUUGCUAUAGGAGGUCCGAAAAGUAAACGCCAAGGAUAUUCUCAGCUCUUUUCAUUUUUACUGAUAGAGCUUUCUCUGCCUCUUUUUUUAGUAACCAGAAUAAAACAAUUUUUCACUUCUACCUUUUAAUCUGUGUUAAUUUUAAAUGACUUUAAAGUAGUGCAUUCAUAUCAGUAAGUGUCCCCAGACAGAUUUCACUGAAAAAUCUAAAAGGUGUGAAUUUAAGGUGUUGACUAGUUAUUUCAUUUUCAUUUGUAUGUAGUGAAAUCCUUGGAUUAGUUUAUUCUUACUCUUGUGAUUUAGUAUUCACUGUAUCUGGUCCUGAACUUAUUUCAGCCAAACUACCAUUUAGUAUCACUCUGUUUCUUAAUCACUUCAGCAGUCCUCCUAGGAGCUGGCCUUAAUUUUGCAAAACAGAGCAAAAGCAGUCAAAAUCGGAUCCAGUAUUGCAUAGUAUUCCUUGAUAAGAUGCAUUUGCAGAAUGUUGGCAAACUACAGUGUAGAGUAGAACCAAGUAACUGUGGCAUGUAGAGAAAUCAAUAACAUCCUUUGUGUGUUUAUACUAUUGUGCAGUUGCAUUUUAAGCAUUUUUAUAGAGGUCACUUGAUAUAUCUUACUGUCUGGCCACAUUUUUAUAGUCUUUGGGUUUGGUUUGUUUGUUUAAGAGAUCAGUAUGUUAGAUCCUUUCAUUUUAGUGGUAGAAUACCUGGGAAUAGUGUUUUCUACUUAGCCCACAGGCCUGCAGUUGUUCUACACAGGCAUAUAUUUUUGUCUGCCUUGAUUCAAUUGCAGGAUUUGGGCCUUUUUGGCAUUGGUAAAUAGACUGGUAUUUUAAAAUAGAAGUUUUCAGAGUACCUUACUUUAAAAGGAUUAAACUAUAAUUAAUUUUAAUAGAGUUGAUGGAAGCAGUAAGUACUGUUUGUAUACAAUAAGCUGAAUGUUUUGUCCUCACAAAUUUCAGUAAAUCGACAUUGAGUUAAAAGGUGUCUUGUGCCCUGUCAAUGUGUCUGUGUUCUCAAUACUCUUGAACUGAUUCACUUUCAGUUAAGAUGCAAUUCUGAUUACCUUGUGCUUUAAAUAAAAUCUAAUUUCAAACAGCACUUUUUUUUAAUUGAUAAGCUUGAUUUGUAUAUAGGAAAUGGUGUACAUUGAUAAGUUUAUAAUGUUUAAUAAAUUGGGUUCUGACCAUGAACCAUGAAACAA